AUGUCGACGCCUCCAGGCCAACGUAGACCGUACUUGGGUGGUCCCCAUCUGUACCAUCUUACCUCGAGUCCUGCGUUUGCGGCUGGAAGAAAUAGAAACGCGAGCUCUGGCGCCUUGCUCCUGAGCUCCCGUAAACCUACAACACCUGCCCUGGAUGCGGGACUAUUAGAUAAUUCCCCCACUCUAAUCAGGGCAACAGCUACUGUAGUCAAGACCAGAGGCGGAACUGUUUUGAGCCGUGGUUGUAUUUUGAAGACAGACCAUUAUCCCACUGGGCGCGCAUUGGAUUUGGACAUCAAUCUACAAGGGGCGCCCAACUUUAGAGCUCCUCGUGGUGCCGCAGCAGCGCUCAAUGUCUAUGGAGCGGCGCAACCUCGGGUUGGAGGGUUACGGGCUAUCCUCUCAAUCUUGGGUUGUAACCCUCCCAAGUCCUCAUCCGGCUCUCCAGGUAUCUCGCCAUUGGCAAGGGCAAGCAGACUACCCAACAAAGUUGGCUGUGUUUGGUUCUCGACACGCGAAGAACCCGUGAUUUACAUUGCUGGGCGGCCCUAUGUCCUUCGCGAGGCUUCGGACCCGAAAACGGCACUUCAGCUCUCCGAUAGGGCCUCCAAUAUUGAAGCUAUCGAGGAUCGCCUCAAAGCAGAUAUUUUAACUGAAUCUCAGAGGUUUGGUGGUUUGGUGCUCACGCACGUUGAAGGCGAUAACGAGUCGCUUAUGCCAACUUGGACCUCGGUCGAUGUCAAUAGCGUAAAAACCCCUCGUGAGGUAUGGGAGGAGGCAAAGGAAGAAGGAUGGAACGUCGAGUAUCACCGCAUUCCUAUUACUCCUGACCGAGCGAUCGAGGACAAUUACUUGGAUGCCUACCUAAAUGUUAUAAAGUCUGUGGACCCCCUAGAAACUGCCCUAGUAUUUCACUGCGGAAUGGGUGCUGUGCGAACUACCUUCGCCAUGGUGUCCGCAUGCUUGAUUCGUCGCAAACAACUCAUCGCUCGAGGAUUCCCAGACCCUUUUGCGAAGGUAGUACCAUCUGCCCAUGAGUCGGGGGUCGCAACAGUAGGCGGCGGUAGCCCUUCAGCAAGUCGAGACCCAACAGAACUGAGCAAAUCGUUGCUACGCUUGACCUAUUUGCUUCAACAAAGUUUGCCUAGCGCCACUACUCACUCUGCAAUCGAACUUCUUCUCGCGCAACCAACCUUGAUGGACAAUUUACGCAAAGCCCACAUGGGGAACUAUGGCCUGGUUCUCUCGCUCCUUGGGUGUUUAGAAGAUGGACUUCAUGUAAAGAAGUUGGCUGAUAGAGUGAUUGAUAGCUGCGAUCAUGUGGCAAACCUCCGCGAGGAAAUCCUUGCACAUCGAGUAGAUUAUUCCGUAACGAGCAUGGAUGACAAAGGUCGUAGUGCGCACAUCCUCAAGGCCAAGCGCGCCAUGGAGAAGUAUUAUUUCACGAUUGCGCUUGCUGGUUAUGUCGAAGAGAGUGAAAACUUUAGCGAGUCUUUCCAGAAAUGGAUGGAGACCGAGAUAUGGAACCAAGUUAGAUUUAUGCGCAAAGCCGGGCUCCGUCUUAAUGUAUUCGCACCCGUAGCAGACCUUUCCGUGAUUUCCAAGGGCGAGAGUGUCCAGGCUCCUCAGCUAGCUGGCGGUCGCGUCUUGGGAGAUGAGUGGACCGACCAUGUUGUGAAGAACCGAAGCGGAAUUAUAUUGCGAGAAGGCAUGCUUCUUAAAUCAGAUCAAUGGAAGUCCGAAGGGCGCAACGCAGGCGCUGAGAGUCUGCGUGGAGCUACUAACUUUAGAAACAUUCCUGGAACCAAUAUCUACGCACUAGGCCAACCCAACGAAGAGGCAAUCGGAGCUGUGGUCCGCCGAGUCAAAGAAGAAUACCCGAACGUUAACAAGGUUGCGUGGAUUAACCUUCGAGAAGAACCGAUCAUCUAUGUAAACGGUGUCGCACACUGCCUUCGAAGGGAGAACUAUUCUCUGAGAAACAUGAAGGACUAUGGUGGGAUUUCUGCCGGCCGACUGGAGAUACUCGAAGAUCGUCUCAAGAACGAUGUCAUUGCUGAAGUCAACUCUUUCCAAGGCCGGAUUUUACUGCACGCAGAGAAUACAGACGGCAGUGUCGUGCCAGUCUGGGACGAGGCCGAUCCUAAGGAUAUCGCGGUACCCAAAGAAGUCAUGUCAGCCCAGAUCGAAAAUGUCGAGAUCGCAUACACCCGCAUUCCGAUUACGUCGGAGCGCCCACCCGAUUUUACCGACAUUGAAGCUCUUGCCGACGUAGUCAUUCGUACCGAUUCUGAAAGGACUCCGAUUGUGCUGAAUUGUCAGCUUGGCCGGGGUCGUAGUACUGUCGCCGCGAUUGUUGUGCUUUUGCUCCAAGAAUGGCUGAAAAGUGGACGCGGUAGGGCGCACGCGCGCACACCAAGGCGCGGUACGAGUAUGCUUUCUGUUCCAAGCCGAGAGCGAGAUCGCGACGUUUUGGAGCCUACGCCCAGGCUUUCGUAUCAAAUCAUCAACAACCUCCUGCGCGUGAUUCGGCGUGGCCCAGAUGUAAAACGAAUAGUAGAUGACGCUAUUGAUCAAUGUGACCAAUUCAUGAAUCUUCGUGAAUCCAUCGAAGACGCCCGGCUUCGUGCUGAAGGUUCAACGGACGAGCAGCAGAAGAAACGAUUUAUCCAAAUAGGACUUCACGGUCUCCGCAAGUAUUUUGAGUUAAUCGUUUUCCAGAACUUCCUUAUGGAGAACGAUCCUGACACGGUACAAACAUUUGCCUCGUUCGAAGAGUUUGUCAAGUCACGGCCCGUCAUUGCCACUUUUGAGAACGAGCUCCGGGUUGAAGGUGCCAAGGCGCUGAAGCCGUUGGAGCGAUCCGAGCGCGAAGAUGUAGCCUUUGCUGAUGACAUCCAAUACGUUGUUGCGAAUCGUUCAGGAAGCGUCCUCUCUGCUUCUACUAUCCUUAAGAGCGAUUUCUUCUCUAACCUGCAGAAGAUGUCUUUGCCCGAGCGCAUUGAUGGCGCCGCCAACUUCCGUAGGAAUCCUUUAACAUUACCCUUGGCGAAUCAAGGAUCAAAUGGUAAAUUUGUCUGCGGUAGCGGUAUGCCCACUGUCAAUGGGCUUCGUCGUGCACUUGCUCGAGUCGAUGCGGCUCCUGGAGGGAAGAAUACCGUCUUCUGGACAUCUCUACGAGAGGAGCCGGUUUUCCACUGGUAUUACUACCGACGUCGUCGAGUCCAUGGAAGUCAACCUGAAGAAGGACAUCAACGAGAGAUGAUUCAAUUCGACGGACGUGUCUUGCUUCACGACGAAGUCGAAACGCAGCCAGGCUCCUUCGAUAUCACUGCACAGUGGGAGCCUGUCACGAUGCAAGAUAUUAUGACUCCAAGAGAUGUUUUCCGGUUGGUCAUAGAAGAAGGGUAUAAAGUUGACUACGCUCGUCUAGCCAUCACCGACGAACAAGCACCACUUCCGGAUGCUCUGGACCAACUGGUUCAUCGAGUUGAAGCUGGCUUGAAAGUCGCUGGAGACCUAGGGUAUGCUAUAGUUGGCCUUAAGCUCUGCGAUGUCACAGUCGCCUUGGAAAACGAGGAUGAAUCCACGUAUGCAACAACGCACUACGACUCUGUCGAUGGAAGUUAUGAAGAGGAGGCUUAUUUGCGAGGAGAAUACAAGAUCAUUCUCCAGCUCGUCGGCGUCUUGUCGUAUGGCAAAGUGGCCAAACGAGUUACGGACAAAGCAAUCGACGCAAUGGCAGACGUCCAGAAUUUGAGGAAGGCUAUCUUUGACUACAAACUGAAGGUCGAUGCGAGUGACGCUGGGUCCCAGAAGCAAAAGAAGCUCAUGGAUCUUGGUGUUAAUUAUUUGUAUCGAUAUGGCACCUUGAUCGUGCUCGCCAACUACUUAAUCGAGAGGCAAAAGCAUAGUAUCGACUCAUCAUUCCCCGCAUGGCUCAAAGAGCACCGGGAAAUUACUAGACUGCUUGGUCGCAGGAGCCUUGACUAG